GUGAUGUCAUACUAUCAUCACUGAGCAUUACUGCAUUUCUUUUUCUAUCAGCUGGACGUUCAAUUGAAAUUUAAAUGCAAUCAAUGGUCGUACUAAAUCAAACCAGUGAGUUAUUUUUUUACCAACUAAAUCAGGCAAUGACGUCACAUGCUCUGAUUGGUCGAGAAUCAUCCGACAGAUGGAACAUCAACAAAUCAAGAAAUACAAAUUAUAAACACACACACACACACACACACACACACACACACACACACACACACACACACACACACACACACACACACUAGUGUACAGAGAGAGAAACACAGUGUUUAUUCUCUCUUGUCAAAAAUUUGAGGUUAUAGUAUUAUUUGGCACUUGAAAGUGCUUGAAAGAAUUAGCAAGCAAUUAAAUAACAAUAUGAUUGUUCAUAAUAAAAAUAUAUUAAAUAUAUCAAAAAAUAGUUUAUUAAUAUUUUCAAUUAUUUUUUAUCAAAUUAUUACAACUGUAUUGGGUGAUGAUGAUUCAGAAAUUGAUUCAGCAAAUGUUGAUGUCAUUCUUCCUACAGUGCAACAUGAAGGUUUUUCAAGUAAAACAUCACCCACUGAAAAUAUUGGUUUUGUUCAUGCAUUCGUGGCAUCAUUAUCAGUGAUUGUUGUCUCUGAACUUGGAGAUAAAACAUUUUUUAUUGCAGCAAUAAUGGCUAUGAGACAUCCAAGACUAACUGUAUUUAUUGGUGCAAUUGGUGCACUUGCUCUUAUGACUAUUUUAUCAGUUAUGUUUGGAUAUGCUGCUACAAUUAUACCCAGAGUAUAUACAUAUUAUAUUUCAACUGCAUUAUUUGCAUUAUUUGGUCUAAAAAUGUUGAAGGAUGGUUAUUAUAUGUCACCAAAUGAGGGACAAGAAGAACUUGAAGAAGUUCAAUCUGAUCUUAGAAAACGAGAAGAUGAAUUGGAAAAAGAAACUGGUGCAGCUGUUAUUCAAGACCCUGAAACUGGAAUUAUUAGAAAAACAAAUAAAACAAGUCCAUUGAUGAUGUUAUCAAGGAUUCUUUUGCAAGCAUUUACAUUAACAUUUUUAGCUGAGUGGGGUGAUAGAUCACAAUUAACGACAAUUAUUCUUGCUGCUCGAGAGAAUGUUUAUGGUGUUAUUGUUGGUGGAAUACUAGGUCACUCUUUUUGUACUGGAUUAGCUGUACUUGGUGGUCGAAUGUUAGCUCAAAGAAUAUCUGUUAGAACAGUAACAUUGAUUGGAGGUGUUGUCUUUUUUAUCUUUGCAUUGACAUCAUUAUUUAUCAGUCCAACAGAAACUACGUAAUUUUUUUUUUAAUUUAAAUUAAUUGUUAAUGUAAACAAUUAAACUGAGAUUGUUUGUUUUUUUUUUAAAGACAAAAUAUUAGUGAUCAGUGACAUUUCAUUUAUAU